AUGGCACAAUUUGGCCACCUGAUGGCAGUGUUGAGCCUAUGCCUGCUGGCCGCUGUGGUGAACUGUCAAGAGACCCCCCCACCACCUCCUCCUCGUCUGGGACAGGAGAUCUGCACACACUACACUCAAGGUGGGACCCUCCUUCUGGAUGGGCCAAAGGUCUUUGAAAUGAUGCUGAUUGAGUUUGGACGGGCAAUCCAGACCCUGAACCCUAUGGUGACUCAACAGUGGAUGGAUGAAGUAGAUGACGAUCACGACAAACGCCUCAACAUGGCUGAGUGUGCCAAACUCGUCCAGAGAGUCUCUGAUUCCAUCCAGAGGCCUCCACAAUAAAGAAGUCUCGUCAAAUGAUUGAAGUAACUUGUACUUGUGUACGGAGUACAGUUUAUGAAGAAAAAAAAUAUGAUCUCACAGAAACUUAGUAUGUAGGUCUGUAGCUUAAUCUCAUACAAUUAAUACUAUAAUGAAGGCUAUCAAUCAUAAUCUAAAUAAAGCUAUGUAUUGUUAUAUAAAUUUCUUUAAAACCAGGAAUUAAAGAAUCUUAGUCAAAAAUGAAGAAAUAAAAUGGUCAAAAACACA